AGACGAGCUCUUCGAGAAGGGUUGGAUUAGGUCCAGUUCGUCUCCUUUUGGAGCGCCUGUUCUCUUUGUUCCCAAGAGAGAGAGCUGAGAAUGUGCAUAGACUAUAGGGGUCUGAAUGCUAUUACAAUAAAGAAUGCUGAGCCACUGCCUAUGAUAGACGAUCUCUUAGAUCGAGUGCAGGGGGCAAAGCAUUUCUCCAAAAUCGAUUUGAAGUCCGGAUAUCAUCAAAUAGAAGUACAUCCUGACGAUCAGUAUAAGACAGCCUUCCGGACUAGAUAUGGGCACUAUGAGUUCAUAGUGAUGCCCUUCGGACUAACCAAUGCACCAGCUACGUUCCAGCGCUGCAUGAACGAUUUGUUUAGGUCAUGGUUAGAUAGAUUUGUUAUUGUCUACUUAGAUGAUAUUCUAGUGUUUAGUAAGACCCUCCAACAACACCAGGUUCAUCUCAGGCAGGUCUUGGAGAAGUUGAGGGAAGCUAACUUCAAGAUCAAUGCAAAGAAGUGCGAUUGGGCAAAGACCCAAGUUUUAUACCUAGGCCACGUCUUAGACGGAGACGACGUUAAACCAAAAGAUUGUAACAUCGCAACGAUUAGAGAUUGGCCCACGCCACAUACGCUAACAGAGUUGCGCUCGUUCCUGGGCUUAGCUAUUUACUACAGGAAGUUCGUGAGGAACUUCUCCACCAUCGCUGCGCCCCUUCGCAGAUUGUUGAGGAAAGAGACCAUCUGGAAGUGGGACAAGGAUUGCAUGUCUGCCAUGAAGAAGUUAAAGCAGGCGUUGAUAGAGUAUCCGGUCCUUAAGGUAGCCGAUCCGUCCUUGCCCUUUGUCGUCACUACGAAUGCUAGCCAGUAUGGCAUAGGCGCGGUGUUGCAGCAAGACGAUGGCAACGGUUAUAGACCCGUAGAGUUCAUGUCCGCCAGGAUGCCUUCAGAAAAGGUCGCGACAUCUACCUAUGAGAGGGAAUUCUACGCUCUCAGGCAAGCCUUAGAACAUUGGAAGCACUACUUGCUUGGGAGGCACUUCAAAGUCUAUUCCGAUCAUGAGACGUUACGAUGGUUAAAGACACAGGCCAAGAUGACACCUAAGCUUACUAGGUGGGCCGCAGAGAUAGAUCAGUACGACUUUGAGCUCAAACCAGUCAAGGGGAAGUACAACGUAGUUGCGGAUGCUCUGAGUAGGAGAGCUGAUUACUGUGGGGCAAUAGUGCAUUACUUAGACAUAGGAAAGGACCUGCAGCAGAAGAUUAGAGAAGCCUAUGCACAGGACCCUAUCUAUAGUGACCUCCUCAAGAAGGUCAAGGAGGCCCCACAGACUGAGUCAAACUACCGCACUACGGAAGGGUUGCUUUUUGAGAAGACUAAUGUAUUUGACCGCUUGUGCAUUCCCAAUCAUGAAGAGAUCCGUACUGUGAUUUUGGGAGAAUGCCACGACACAGAGGGUCAUUUUGGUUGGCAGAAGACUUUAGCCAAUCUGAUGCGCGCAUAUACCUGGCCAGGAAUGAAGAAUGACUGCGUGGAGUAUGUUCGCAGUUGUAAAGUCUGCCAGCGUAACAAAACUUCUUCGCGUGCCCCAUUAGGUCUCCUCAGACCCUUGCCCAUUCCGGAUCAGCCGGGAGACUCAGUGUCCAUAGACUUCAUGGACACUCAAGUCAAAAGCAGGCAUGGCAAGAGCCAAGUCAUGGUCAUAGUUGACCAUUUUAGUAAGUACGCAGUUUUUGUUCCUUCGCCUUCAGAGGCACUGUCAAUAGCGAUAGAGACGCACUGUCAGAGGUACUGAUUUAAUCAUACAGAAGUUUUUUUACUGUUGGGUGAGUGAGAAUGGAAUCCCACUGUCAAUAGCGAUAGAGAUA